CUGCUUGCUUUCUUAACCAAUUUUACUUCUUUCAGUUGCACAAGUAAAGGCUCUUCCUCAAUCCUCUUCUUCCCUUAACCUUCUCUCUCUCUCUCUCUCUCUCUCAACCAAAGAACCAAACAGAAAGAGAACAACAAGAACCGAACAUGUCUUCACCAAGCAAGCGACGAGAGAUGGACUUGAUGAAACUGAUGAUGAGUGAUUACAAGGUGGAAAUGAUUAACGAUGGAAUGCAAGAAUUUUAUGUCCAUUUUCAUGGACCCAGUGAAAGUCCUUAUCAAGGAGGUGUGUGGAAAGUAAGAGUUGAGCUACCGGAUGCUUAUCCCUAUAAGUCUCCUUCAAUAGGUUUCAUCAAUAAGAUCUAUCACCCAAAUGUUGAUGAGAUGUCAGGAUCAGUUUGUCUUGAUGUCAUCAAUCAGACCUGGAGCCCCAUGUUUGAUCUUGUCAAUGUAUUUGAGGUGUUUCUGCCGCAACUCCUUCUGUAUCCCAAUCCAUCAGACCCCUUGAAUGGAGAAGCUGCGGCUUUAAUGAUGCGUGACCGACCUACUUAUGAACAAAGGGUUAAAGAGUACUGUGAGAAGUAUGCCAAGCCAGAAGACAUUGGAGCUGCCACAGAAGAGAAAUCCAGUGAUGAAGAUGAGGAGCUAACUGAAGAUGAAUAUGAUUCUAGUGAUGAACAGGUGGCUGGUAAAGCAGACCCCUAGUUUGCCUUGUGUAUGCAAGUCCUGUUCUUUCUGUAUUUUAUCUGUACAUGAUGUUCUAGUUAUGUUUUCGCUCCAUUCAAAUGAAUGUGCUUGCAUGUCGGUAGGGGAAAAAUUCCCCUUCAUGUUAAUUAACUUUUCACUGUAAAUAAUGUACCAUUGAUUUCCUAAUGUAAUUUUAUUUUUGUUAUCUUA